AUGAUUUUAUAUGUUAUAAGAAGAAUCAAUAGAAAUGAAGGAAAUAAAAGUAGCCCUGAAAUAAUUUUAUUAUUACAUGGUGAACCAAGUUGGAGUUAUUUGUAUCGUCAUUUUAUACCAAAAUUAAAAAAAUAUCGAGUGAUUAUAGUUGAUUUAAUUGGAUUUGGUAAAUCGGAUAAACCAGCGAAUAAAAAUGAUUAUACUUAUCAAAGACAUGUGAGCUGGAUAAGAGAAUUUAUUGAAAAUCUCAAUUUAAAUAAUAUUACAUUAUUUUGUCAGGAUUUGGGUUCUUUAGUUGGUUAUGGAAAAAUUUCUAAAGGUUUUAUUCAAUGGCUUGAUUUUGCAUCGCAACAAACGACAACGGAUGUAGGUCGUGUAAUCAAAUCUGGAGUUAUUAGAGAUAUGAAACAAGAAGAGAUUGAUGCAUACAAUACUCCUUUUCCAAAUGAACAAUAUCAAUAUAUUACAAUAAAUGAAGAUAAGCCGCAUGAAAUUGUUGAACAUCUUAUCAAAGAUAAUCCUUUAAUACUUGCACGAUUAUAA